AAUAAGAAGAGAGAACGUCAAGCGAUGAGAAUCAGAUGCGCAAAUCGUAGAGGUCCCGUCCCCCUACACUAUAUGCCUCCUAGAUAAACUCAAACUUGUGGAAAUUUCAAGGUUUGAAGUUGGAGGAAAUGCGUUGUUAUCAGUGUUCGGAAAUGCAAAACGCACACUCGAAGAUGUCUAGGAGAGGAUGGAGCGAUCAAUCUAACGUUCACAAGCAUUCAAAUUCAAUUGAAAUCGGAUGAGAACACGAUUGCUCUCUGUUCUUCUACGAGUAGAGAGAAGUGAUCGGGAGGAUUACCUACUUCGCAUCAUGACGAGAAUCUCUCUAAGUCUGUCUUGUGACCUCGUCCUUGAGACAAUUCGAUCUGCCUCUGUCUCUACGAGAGAAUUCGAUCUGUCUUCGAGCCUAUGAUACGGAAUUCGACCUAUCUUCUUCUUCUAAUACUUAUUCGGAUCCAAUUCCAAAUGCAACCUCGUCCUCACCAACCUCCGCAUGCCUUCCCAAAUAAACCCUCAUGACAGCCGAAUUCGUUUACAAAGUAGAACUGCACGCCCUUUUUACUCCACCGGAAGCAAGAGAUCUCAAAUCCAGAUUUAAUCUUCAAAUCUAAAAGGUUCAUCUCAAGAAUUCGAAAGAAGAUCAAAGAUAAUUUUGAUACAAGGAUCAAGAUCAAGAAAUUGGAACCCACCACCUACUCACUAAAAAGUGAUUGUUGUAUUAAGAAUACAUUGAAGAAGAAGAUUUACCAUUCGUUGAACCACCUGUACGACAUAGUUGAACAUCGAAAGAAAUAACGUGACAUCAAGAUAGGAAACUUCAGAAAAUCUCCAUCAGGUAGAAAAAGUAUAUUUUAUUUACCCAGAUAGGAUAGCCUUUGUUUUGAGUUUCUUGCAUUAUCUUUCUCUCUUCGCAACGACUUUCCUCUGUUGCAUAGUCCAACAUUAUUUCAUCUAAAAAGAACUAGUAGUACCUCCUUCUCCUAGCUACUUGCAUCAACUUCUCUUGCUACUGUUCUAAGAACCCUACAAGAAGAACAAACAAAAUGGUCGCUUUCUCCAAGUUCGCUCGUGGCGUUGCCGUCUUCGCCUAUUUGGCUCAGGCCGAGUCCAACUCCGCCGCCAUUCCGGAAGCCGUCGCCAAUGUCUCCGACCUGAUGGAUGAGAAUUAUGGCUUUCAUUUUGAAAUUGUAUAACUAACUAAGUAACUAACUAACUAACUAACUAACUAACGAACUAACAUGAUGAAUAUAUGACUAGUCUAAUAUUUUUUUCUUCAAAAAUCUUGCUUUUUAGUUUUUCCUCUUUGAUUUUGCUUUUCUAAGCAAAGGUCGAAGCCGUGAAGGAGGCCGUUGAUCCGAUCGAUGAUGAGCUUGACGCUUUGGACGAAGAACAAGGAGGUGACUCGGAAGAUGCGGCUUUGGAUAAAGUCCGUGAAUUGCUGAAAAAGAUCGUACUUGUUUUUCUUCUAUGUAUAGAGUUAGAGAGAUAAUAACUAACUAACUAACUAGAGUUAGAGAGUAGGAUGCAAUGGAGCGGAUGCAAUGGCUUUUCGUCAUUAGUAGUCAAUACUCAAACAUCAAGGGGAGCAACUGUUAAAUACUAUUCUAAAGCUGAUCUGGAAGCUCUACUCUCUAGAAUGAUCAUCCUUCUGUUCAUCUUCUCUACUUCUAUACUUCUCGUCAAUGGGGUCUAUGUAUAGAGAGUAGUUGUGGUCCUCUCAAUCCUUACAUUAUACACUUCUAUUAUAUGUAGAUAAAAAUUGGACAACAAAUAUUGUCAAUCAUUGUACUACUAGUCGUGAAUGGUUCUGGUAUUUGGUAACCUGAAUUUGAUCCUAAGGGAAAACAAGAAGAGAACCCUUAGGAUCAAACUCAGGUUACCAAAUACCAGAACCAUACAAGUCGUAAACAAGACGUUUUAGGCGUGAGCAGCAAGACAUUGACUCAUACUACUUAUGUUGAAAUUCACUGAUGAUACUAUCAGAUUUCACUCUAGUGAAGUAUGACAUAGUACAAACCCUACGUACAACUACCCCAAUCUCAAUCACGAACUACAAACUUUCAAACUUAUAAAUAAACACACAGAUGUCCGGCGAAUCCAUGGAGGACAUUGAGGGAGAAGCUGAUCUGGAAGCUCUACUCUCUCAGGUCCCGCAAGAGAAAUUGACCGAGUUGUUUCAGGAAAUGCUGCCAGCCGACCUCAUGGGUGGAAUGGGUGGUGAUGACAUGCCCAUGGAUUAUGGCGCUCAAAGCACUCAAUAGUCGAAAACUGAACAUCAUAACCGAGUAAGUGACUGAAAUAAGGGAGGUAGGUAGGUUACUCUUCCUUGUGACUGAAAUAAGGGAGGUAGGUAGGUUUGACACGGCUACUCGUCCUUGUUCAGGCUUAUUUAUCUAAGAUUUUCUGCCGACCGACAUGUCUGACGAUGCCUUGGACAAAAUGGACGAUGACGAUGAGGAAGCAGCUACCGAAGUCGAUGGCGACGCUGCUGCCCCGACCGAGGAUGAGGCUGCUGCCCCGACCGAGGAUGACGAGGCUGCUGCCAACGAUGCUGAAUUGUAAAUUCCUGCUUCUAGUAGUAAAAGAGUACUAGAAGCAGGAGUAGUAAAUGUAAAAGUGACAGUGAGUGAAAUGUACUAGUAUUGGUAGAAGUGCUAGACCUAGAUUCUACUCAGGCGAGACGGAAGAUGAAGAAACAAAAUAUCUCUUUGCGGGCUUGUAGUCGUGUCUGAACAAAUAUUGCACGUAUUUUAUAGACACACAACAACAUGCUUGCCCCCUUUCCCUAUCCGAAGAACGAAUUGAUGUCAUGACAUAAUUUUCAACACGUUGAAGAUAUUUCAUAACUAUCAUCAUGGUCCUGCUGCAAAGUAGAAAAUAGUGCAUAGAGGUUCAAAAAUGUACACACCUAUGACACGAUGAGACGAAGUUCUUCUUCUUCCCACAAAUGCGGUCUACUGCCCAAGAAUCUGAUAUCAUGUUAUUACUAACUACGAACACGACGUACACGUUACAACCACAAAGACAAGUGCUCAACUACAUAGGUACUUACUUAAUCAUGUUCAUCUUCUAUUUAUGACAUCCACUUGUUCUAUGAUCACAACUUCGCAAGAACUCGGUUCCAAAACUGACGUAUUCAUCAAGUUGUAUCAUCCAAGAACAACAUGAAGAUUACAACACAACUUGAUCUUUUUUCCAACUCCAAGAGGAUACACCCAUCCACAAGAUGUUUUGCUAUUCUUCUUCUUUCAACAUGAUCUUAACAUUAUUAAUAAUUUGAAUAACUACACUUCUACACAUGUGAACCUAAUGAUUUGCAACCUUUUUCAAAACGAAGAAAGGUGAUCUAGGUCUAGAGGGAGAUCGAGAUCUAGGAUUGCAACUAGUACAUAAGACAGAGAUUACUCUUGUUUUCUCCAAAAACGUUGAAAAAACUCUUGGAAUGUUGCACAAAUUAUAUGGAUUGACUAAAAGUAAAAGUAUAAAUGCGGAGAUGAGGCACGACCACGCAACGUCGCUGGUGUUUCUUGAUUCGACGUACGAAGGC